GGACGUCAAGCCGCACCGGACCUCUCGCCGCGGACGAGCCAGACAUGAAACGCCGUGCGGUCCUUCCAGAACCGGAAGAGGAACUCUGCGUUGCGUGUUUGUGUUGCCUUCCCCUUGGGGACGAUUUGGCAGCUUUCUGUCUGAGGAGGAGGACCUGACGCGCACUGUGUGGACACUGGAAGUACGCGCACGACUUGGCAACAACUCACGCGGCCUGUGGGGAUUUGACUCUUUCGACCACAAAAAAAAUCUUGACGGUUUACAAUUGAUUUUUUUUCCUUCCUAUUUUCCGCCAGAUUUGUCGCCGGGGCGAUUUCCGCGGACAAGCCGCCCUAUCAUGUGGAUGAUUUAGUGGACAGUUGAUAUGAUGGGGGAGCCUGCAGCGCGCAGACCCUCUCAAAGUACCUGUGGAAGGCAUUAGUUUCACGCGUGACGUUUUAUAACCACGAUGUGUGCUCCCUAAACUACAAUACUGCCCUUUUUUUUUGGUUUCCUUCUCAAAAUAUAUAUUUUUUGCUCCAUGAUCCAGCAUCUUUAACCCACGGAUCUCUUCCUGCACCCACACACGUCCACUAUGUGCAACAUUCCCACGCUGCUCAAUGUGUUGCUACGUGGACUCGUCAUCUAUGCGGUACUGGGCUUCGUGGGCAGCUCGGCGGAUACUGGGAAUGCAGCCAUCCCAGACCCCUGCCUCAUUGUCGUACCCCCGUGCAUCAGCGAGGCCGACCGCUUCAGUCUGGUUUCUCUGCGCCACAUCCACAAGCAACUGGAUGACGACAACGACGGCGGCAUCGAGGUGAACGAGAGUGUGGAGUUUAUAAUAGAAGACAUGAAGCAGCAUCACACCAACAAGCACAGCAACCUGCAUCGUGAGGACCAGCACAUAACUGUGGAGGAGCUUUGGAAGGGCUGGAAGACCUCUGAAGUCCACAAUUGGACCAUGGAGGACACGGUGCAGUGGCUGAAAGAAUCGGUAGAACUUCCCCAGUACGAGAAGAACUUCCGGGACUUCCACGUUACGGGCAACACGUUGCCACGAAUUGCCGCAAAUGAACCAUCCUUCAUGUCCAUGCAGCUAAAAAUAUUAGACCAGCGACAUAAACAAAAACUCAACCUGAAGGCGCUCGAUGCCGUUCUUUUCGGCCCCCCGCUCCGCCUUCAUCACAACUGGAUAAAAGACUUAAUCCUCAUGGUCUCCAUAGUGAUCGGGGUGGGGGGCUGCUGGUUUGCCUAUGUGCAGAACAAGUCCAGCAAAGUGCACAUCUCCCAAAUGAUAAAGGACCUGGACAGCUUGCAACACGCUGAGCAAAGCCUCCUUGACCUGCAGGAUCGUUUGGAAAAGGCUCAGGAAGAAAAUCGCAACGUGAUUGUGGAAAAGCAGAAUCUGGAACAGAAGAUGAGGAAUGAGAUCACCGGUGCCAAAAAGGAAGCUCACAGACUCCGGGAACUGCGACAGGGUGCUGAAUGUGAACUGAGCCGGCUCAAAUACGCCGAGGAGGAGCUCGUGCAGGUACGAAAGGCCCUGAAGCGAGCCGAGAAGGAGAUGCAAUCAGAGCACUCGCUGCCAGAAGCGCUGCAGAAGUGGCUACAGCUCACGCAUGAGGUGGAGGUUCAGUAUUACAACAUCAAAAAGCAGAGUGCAGAGUUUCAGCUGUGUGUCGCCAAGGACGAGGCGGAGAAAAUUAAGAAAAAGAGAAGUUCCGUCUUUGGGAUUCUUCAUGUAGCACAUAGCUCUUCACUGGACGAGGUGGACCACAAGAUACUUGAGGCCAAGAAGUCGUUGUCUGAGGUGACGGCGUGCCUGAGGGAGCGUCUGCACCGCUGGCAGCAGAUCGAGAGGCUCUGUGGCUUCCCUGUCGUCAACAACUCGGGGCUGCCAAAUCUUACGGCCAGUCUCUACUCCGACCACAGCUGGGUGGUGAUGCCGCGCGUUUCCGUCCCCCCGUACCCAAUUGCCGGUGGGGUGGACGACCUGGAUGAGGACACGCCCCCCAUCAUUCCACAGUUCACAACCACGUUGAUGCGACCCUCUCUAAAGCGCAGCAGCAGCAUGUGCCGCUCCCGCCACGGCCCCCUCAGCUCGCCGCCAUCCACGCUGAUGUCACCCGACCCCGACCUGCUGUCUAUGGCCAGCCCGUCCCCCAGCUUUCACCUUGAAGCAGAUGACGAACAUGUCAGCAGGAGGGGGGAUGCCUCCCAGGAGGGCAGCUCCGACACAGACUCCUUAAACUCAUUGAUGGGCCGAAAGCCGCUGCACAGUCCCGGCUUCAAGACCUCAGAGACUCUUUACCGCAAGAUCUCACGCGAAGAGAUGCGGCUGUUCAACCAGAGCCAAGAGUUCCCCGCCUCCAUCACCAGCAACAGCAGGGACUCUGCCCCCCCUUCUUUGCCCCCCACACCAGCCACCACCCCCUCAGGCCCGCCGUCCACCUCGCCCUCACCGGCCUUGGAGCAUCACAUGUUUGCACACAGAGGCUCGCCAGACCUCACCCGCGUCUCUCCGGAGAGCCAGCGAGUCCACGAGGGGUGCUCCCCAAAGGGGAAGGGCAUAUACAACGGCAUCUUGGAGAAGUCGUACAGCUAUGGCCAGCUGCCCGCAAACAUGCUGCCCGUCGUGGGCCGCUACCCGUCCCUCACCUCCCUGGACUCGGAGGGCCGAAGCCUGGGACGUCAUCACAAGUUCCCGAGCACCUCCUCACAAGACUCCAGCGACAAUGGAGAGAAAUUCAAGCGCUCCUCCUCUAAAAUCAAAAGCAUAUUUAAGAAGAAGAAAUAAAAAGAUAGCGUGUGUGAGAGCGAUAGAAUAUAUUCUAACAAAACAAGGACAUCAGUGAAGCUAUCGUUAAAAAAAAGAAAAAAAAAGCUCUCUUUCUCAUCAACAACGGAAUGUAGCCCAGUCUGGUUGCCCCAGAACGGUCGCCUUAUUUUUCACUAAUGCCUUUUUCUUGUUUAGUUCACUAAGAGGUCAACCUUUUUUCUUUUCUUCAUUGUGACCUCACUUUAUGGAGGUGUUUAUUUAUUUCCAAGCACAUGCAUGCAACGCUUUCUGUUGCAGCACACUCCUUGAUGCAUCAGAUCAUUACUGUUCACUUGAUUUAUUUACCUUGGUGAAAAAAAGAAGUCUGUUGCACUAUAUCUUGGGGAAGAGUUGAAGGUCACCCAAGCAGCAGCAUGGAGGCACCCGGAGCCAAAAGGAUGUGCCGCCACUUUAAUGCUGCCGUUCAUCUUAAUAUAUACCUGUAUAUAGACAAUGUUUUCUUAGUAUAAGAUGUGUUUAUAGGUUUAUUGGCAACAGGGCGGGGGGAGCUUCAAACUCUUUCACCAAUUACUUGAUUCCCUGCAUCCUGUAGCCAAGCAAACUUACAGUAUGUCACAUAAGUGAGUACAUUUCUACAAACAGUUGAUUUUUUUUCAUGGGACAACACUUAAGAAAUGACAUUUCGAUACAAUGUAAAGUAGUCAGUGUACAGCAGGAGUAUUCAACUGGCGGCCCGGGAACGACACCAUACCGGCCCGCGGGUUCAGUUUAAAAAACUUGUAGGACUAACAUUGUUGCAGCAGAUUUCUGAAAACACUAAAGUGCUGUCAUGUAGAUCAGUGGUUCUCAAAUGGGGGUACGCGUACCCCUGAGGGUACUUGAAGGUAUGCCAAGAGGUACGUGAGAUUUUUAAAAAAUAUUCUAAGAAUAGCAACAAUUCAAAAAUCCUUUAUAAAUAUAUUUAUUGAAUAAUACUUCAACAAAAUGUGAAUGUAAGUUCAUAAACUGAACAUCAAAUCAAGUAGGCUAUUCCAUUCAUUACAAUGCAACAAUGCAACAUUCAGUGUUGACAGCUAGAUUUUUUGUGGACAUGUUCCAUAAAUAUUGAUCUUAAAGAUUUAUUUUUGUGUGAAGAAAUGUUUAGAAUUAAGUUCAUGAAUCCAGAUGGAUCUCUAUUACAAUCCCCAAAGAGGGCACUUUAAGUUGAUGAUUACUUCUAUGUGUAGAAAUCUUUAUUUAUAACUGAAUCACUUGUUUAUUUGUCAACAAGUUCUUAGUUAUUUUUAUAUAUUUUUUUCCAAAUAGUUCAAGAAAGACCACAACAAAUGAGCAAUAUUUUGCACUGUUAUACAAUUUACUAAAUCAGAAACUGAUGACAUAGUGCUGUAUUUUACUUCUUUAUCUAUUUUUUUCCAACCAAAAAUGCUUUGCUCUGAUUAGGGGGUACUUAAAUUAAAAAAAUGUUCUCAGGGGGUACAUCACUGAAAAAAGGUUGAGAACCACUGAUGUGGAUGAUCUUUUUUUUUUUUUUUUUUUGCAGUUGGUCCCUAAACACAGCGAAGCACUCUUGUGUGCACUGUAAAAACGACUGGCAGCUCAGGCGGCAGAAAUUUACAGUAAAAUUAACAGUUUUGCAGAUUUUUUUAUAUACAUAUGCCAGUUUUUUUUUUAUUUUACUGUAAAAUGUACAGAUCUUUUUACACUGAAUAAGUCGAAAAGCAGUAUCACUGUUAUUUUAAUGGUACAAUUUUGGCAACUGAACUGCCAGUUUUUACAGUCAUUGUUUUUACAAUGCAUUACUGUGAAUGGGGAAAAAGUACCACAGUCAUUUUUUUUUUGACUGUUAACUGUACAGAUUGCUUUACACUGUAGACAAGGGCAUUUCCCCCCGAAAUCUGUAACGUUGACAAAAUUAAAAGACAACAAUUCAUAUGUCCACUGUUGAGGACGCUGGUUCUCAGUAAUACACAAAAUAAGACUAAUAGUACAGAGCUUUCUGGAAAUGUGGCCCCAGUUGACUCAUAUAACAGAGCACAUUACUGUCCCCAUAAAAUAACACACCGCCGUAAAGGUCUAAACAGCUGGCAACCAAGUCAGCACACUAAGUAAAAUUUGUGCCUUACAGUAGUCCCUCACAACAUCGCAGAAGUUUGUUUUAAGCAUAUUCUACGACGUAAAUUAAGCAUUGCAUUUUCAAGCAUAAUAAAGGGCUAAAUGAACUAAAUAAUAACUGGCAUUUAUAUAGCGCUUUUCUAAGUACCCAAAGUCGCUUUACAUGUAGAACCCAUCAAUCAUUCACACCUGGUGGUGGUAAGCUACUUUCAUAGCCACAGCUGCCCAGUUUCUUCUUCAAUUUCGUUUUCGCUACCUGCCUCCACACUACAACCAUCCGUUUCAAUACAUUCGUAAUCUGUUGAAUCGCUUAAGCCGCUGAACAUAUCAAUACGUUUGUAGUAAUGGCCAAUAGGAACACUGAUCGGCUCAGCCUUAGACAGCAUUAAAAGAUGACUAAAUGGUGUUAUUUCAUGUCUAAUAUUAAAGGGGAACUUAUCACCAGACCUAUGUAAGCGUCAAUAUAUACCUUGAUGUUGCAGAAAAAAACUAUAUAUUUUUAACCGAUUUACGAACUCUAAAUGGGUGAAUUUUGGCGAAUUAAACGCCUUUCUAAUAUUCGCUCUCGGAGCGAUGACGUCACAACGUGGCGUCACAUCGGGAAGCAAUCCGCCAUUUUCUCAAACACCGAGUCAAAUUAGCUCUGUUAUUUUCCGUUUUUUCGACUGUUUUCCGUACCUUGGAGACAUCAUGCCUCGUCGGUGUGUUGUCGGAGGGUGUAACAACACGAACAGGGACGGAUUCAAGUUGCACCAGUGGCCCAAAGAUGCGAAAGUGGCAAGAAAUUGGACGUUUGUUCCGCACACUUUACCGACGAAAGCUAUGCUACGACAGAGAUGGCAAGAAUGUGUGGAUAUCCUGCGACACUCAAAGCAGAUGCAUUUCCAAUGAUAAAGUCAAAGAAAUCUGCAGCCAGACCCCCAUUGAAUCUGCCGGAGUGUGUGAGCAAUUCAGGGACAAAGGCCCUCGGUAGCACGGCAAGCAAUGGCGGCAGUUUGUUCCCGCAGACGAGCGAGCUAAACCCCCUAUCGACCCUAGCUUCCCUGGCCUGCUGACAUCAACUCCAAAACUGGACAGAUCAGCUUUCAGGAAAAGAGCGCGGAUGAGGGUAUGUCUAAAGAAAAUAUUAAUUGAUGAAAAUUGGGCUGUCUGCACUCUCAAAGUGCAUGUUGUUGCCAAAUGUAUUUCAUAUGCUGUAAACCUAGUUCAUAGUUGUUAGUUUCCUUUAAUGCCAAACAAACACAUACCAAUCGUUGGUUAGAAGGCGAUCGCCGAAUUUGUCCUAGCUUUCUCCCGUGUCGCUGGCUGUCGUGUCGUUUUCGUCGGUUUCGCUUGCAUUCGGUUCAAACCGAUAUGGCUCAAUAGCUUCAGUUUCUUCUUCAAUUUCGUUUUCGCUACCUGCCUCCACACUACAACCAUCCGUUUCAAUACAUUCGUAAUCUGUUGAAUCGCUUAAGCCGCUGAAAUCCGAGUCUGAAUCCGAGCUAAUGUCGCUAUAGCUUGCUGUUCUUUCCGCCAUGUUUGAUUGUGUUGGCUUCACUAUGUGACGUCACAGGAAAAUGGACGGGUGUUUAUAACGAUGGUUAAAAUCAGGCACUUUGAAGCUUUUUUUAGGGAUAUUGCGUGAUGGGUAAAAUUUUGAAAAAAACUUUGAAAAAUAUAAUAAGCCACUGGGAACUGAUUUUUAAUGGUUUUAAUCAUUCUGAAAUUGUGAUAAUGUUCCCCUUUAAAACCAUAUUUAGAAGGUAGUAAGCAUGUUUUUUUUUAAUACUCUAGCUGGGAAAAUAUAUAUAUAUUAUUUAUGAUUUUUACUUGGCGGAAGUGUUAUUGCAGUCAUGUCCGGAACCAAUUAACAGCAAUAAACAAGGAAUUACUGUAUUACAUUAGUUACAUGGACUACUUUGCACUAUAAAAAAGUGUCGUCUCUUCAGUGUUGUUCCGUGAAAAUAUUUUAUGCAGAAGUGUGAGGGGGCGUACGCUCUUUUGUGAGAUACUAUACUGUACAUUUCCCCCCCCCGAUGUCGGUCAACUAUUCUUAAUGUAAGGACGCGCACAAGUGCCAAGACAUGUGUCUGUCUAUGUCGCAACGACUGUGCGUCUGUAUCAGACACUUUUAAGUUGCUUUAGGAAUGAAGGAUGCAAUACGGGCCUCCUCUUGAUGUGAUGACGUCAACAGAGCUCCUGCCUCACACUGUGACUCCUCCCAUGUAGAACCUCUCACCUUCAGCGGCUGCAAUCUAACUGAUUGGUCAUGUGACCCGCAGGGGUUGGAGCUGUUUACAAAGUGUGUGCGUGUAAGCUCGCGUGCGUGUGUGUGUGUGUGUGUUGGGGCAGUGGGGGGCAGGAUGACAAAUCAAUGCAAGUUUUCUUUAAGCAGAAGGAAUAAAGGUGAGAGUUGUAAGGUUGAACGACAUGUUUACGAUACACUAGGGUUUUUGGCAACAUUUUAUGUGUGAAUAUUUGUAUACUGUAGAAAAAUUCAUUAAAAAAAAUGAUCAGCAACGCUCCUCACUCAUACUUGAGAGAUUAACCUGAGACCCUAGAGUAGCAUUUUUUUGUUGUUGCUUUAAAUAAAUAUCUUGGAGGAAAAUGUUAUGAUACGCU